AUGCGAGAUGACUUCAAUCAUGUAUGUUAUUUGACUCUCCAAACCCUCUUUCCUUAUCGUCGAAAAAAAGCAGGGAGAAUAUGCGAUAUUGCCAACAAGAACGUUUCCUUUAUCAUGAAGAUUAAAAGUUUCAUCCUUGCUUUGGCUAGUGCCAUUGCAUUAACCUCUACAUUUGGUGAAGCCCAACGCGCUCGACACGAUCUUUCUGCUGCAGCUCUCGACUUAGCAACUGAUUCCCAUGGCUUGGACAGGGCGGACGCUUUGGGCUCUACUCGGCUUUGGAACAAUAAGCAUAAGAAGCAUCACAAAAAACACCACAAACACCAUAAGAAGCACCCCAAGAAGGAUUGUGAUAAGAAAAACUGCAAGACUGAGACUAUAGUCGUUUGGGCGCCAUGCACAACUGAACCGACUUGUAUUCCUCCAACCACUACUACUGACUGUACGACUGAAACUACGACAGAGUCCGAAUGCACCACAGAGUCCACAAGUGCCACAGAGUCUGAAUGCACCACAGAGUCUACGAGUACCACGGAGUCUGAAUGCACCACAGAGUCUACAAGUGCCACAGAGUCUGAAUCCACUACAGAGUCUACAAGUGCCACAGAGUCUGAAUCUACCACAGAGUCUGGAUCUACCACAGAGUCUGAAUCUACCACAGAGUCGGAAUCUACCACAGAGUCUACAAGUGCCACAGAGUCUGAAUCUACCACAGAGUCGGAAUCUACCACAGAGUCUACAAGUGCCACAGAGUCUGAAUCUACCACAGAGUCUGAAUCCACCACAGAGUCUGGAUCUACCACAGAGUCUGAAUCUACCACAGAGUCGGAAUCUACCACAGAGUCUACAAGUGCCACAGAGUCUGAAUCUACCACAGAGUCUGAAUCCACCACAGAGUCUGGAUCUACCACAGAGUCGGAAUCUACCACAGAGUCGGAAUCUACCACAGAGUCUACAAGUGCCACAGAAUCUGAAUCUACCACAGAGUCUACAAGUGCCACAGAAUCUGAAUCUACCACAGAGUCUGAAUCUACCACAGAGUCUGAAUCUACCACAGAGUCUGGAUCUACCACAGAGUCUGGAUCUACCACAGAGUCGGAAUCUACCACAGAGUCGGAAUCCACUACAGAGUCUGAAUCUACCACAGAGUCUGAAUCUACCACAGAGUCUACAAGUGCCACAGAAUCUGAAUCUACCACAGAGUCUGAAUCUACCACAGAGUCUGAAUCUACCACAGAGUCUACAAGUGCCACAGAAUCUGAAUCUACCACAGAGUCUGAAUCUACCACAGAGUCUGAAUCUACCACAGAGUCUGAAUCUACCACAGAGUCUGAAUCUACCACAGAGUCUGAAUCUACCACAGAGUCUACAAGUGCCACAGAAUCUGAAUCUACCACAGAGUCUGAAUCUACCACAGAGUCUGGAUCUACCACAGAGUCGGAAUCUACCACAGAGUCUGAAUCCACUACAGAGUCUGAAUCCACUACAGAGUCUGAAUCUACCACAGAGUCUGAAUCUACCACAGAGUCUACAAGUGCCACAGAGUCUGAAUCUACCACAGAGUCUGAAUCCACCACAGAGUCUGAAUCUACCACAGAGUCUACAAGUGCCACAGAGUCCGAGAGUACAUCCGAAUCCGAAAGCGCCUCGGAAUCUGAGAGCAGCACGACAACCACUGCUCAAACUACGACAACCACUGCUCAAACUACAACGACCACUGCUCAAACUACAACGACCACUGCUCAAACUACAACAACCACUACUCCAAGUACUCCUACUCUUCGACCCCCAACCCCAACCACCCAAAAGCCAAGGACAAGGACAAAAACCCCCAAGCCAGCAAUGCCAACUUCCAACCCACCCCUCCGCUGCCAGAAUGGCAAAUGCCAUCACCAUCGCCAGGACCACGCCCACCAUGGAGAUCACAAUCAAGGCUUCUAA